AUGUCGGGACGUGGUAAAGGCGGCAAGGGACUGGGCAAAGGAGGCGCCAAACGUCACCGCAAAGUGCUCCGAGAUAACAUCCAGGGGAUCACCAAACCGGCCAUCCGCCGGCUGGCUAGGCGAGGCGGAGUGAAGAGAAUCUCCGGCCUAAUCUACGAGGAGACGCGGGGUGUCCUAAAGGUCUUCCUGGAGAACGUGAUCCGGGACGCGGUCACUUACACCGAGCACGCCAAGAGGAAGACGGUGACCGCCAUGGAUGUGGUAUACGCCUUGAAGAGACAAGGCCGCACUCUGUAUGGAUUCGGUGGUUAA